AUGAAGAGGGAUGUAGCAGACUGGGUUGCGAAGUGCAACACUUGUGCCUUGGUGAAGGCAGAGCAUCAGGUUCCGGGUGGUCUUUUGCAGAGUUUACCCAUUCCAGAGUGGAAGUGGGACAGGAUUACGAUGGAUUUCGUGGUUGGACUACCUGUUUCAGGACUUUCGAUGCUAUCUGGGAAGUUUGUGCGAGAGAUUGUGAGGCUGCAUGGAGUGCCAGCUAGUAUUGUGUCAGACCGUGAUCCCAGAUUCACUUCAGAGUUUUGGAA